AUGUGCAACCUAAAGCUGUCAGUUUUCUUCAUUGCACUUUCUGUCACUCUGAGCUGUUUGGAAUCUACACCUAUCGAGAGACUACUGUCUGUGGCCGAUGAUCUAUCUGAUGGUACUUCCAAGAGACAAGGAUGGAUGUUGCCUGUAUUGUCACAGAAUACACUCUCAGGACUUAGUGAGGAAAUGCCAGAACAACCAUCAGCAAAGACAAAAAGCCCCCGGCUGGCGAGGAGGAGGUGCGGCACGGCCACCUGCGUGACCCAGCGCCUGGCCGCGUUCCUGGCGCGCUCCGGCGGCAGCGCCGGCGCCGCCCGCCCGCCCACGGCCGUGGGCCCGGCCAGCUACGGCAGGCGGCGGGCGGCGGGCCGGGCCUAG